AUGGCAAACUAUGCUAUAGCCAAUGUUUUAAUCCUUUUCUUAAACUUGAGUACCUUACUCAAUGUUCUUGCUGCUCCUUAUUGUCCUACACCAUCUCCUAAGCCACCAACGCACCACACUCCUGUUGUUAAACACCCAGUUGAAAAGCCACCAAAGAAUCAUCCUCCUAAACCAUCACCAAAACCGCCACAUGUUUACCCUCCUCAUCAUCCUAAACCUCCAACAGUACAUCCACCUCACGUUCCAAAACCCCCCACAAAGCACCCACCUUAUGUACCAAAACAUCCGCCACCUGUUGUGAAACCACCUCAUGGUCCUAAACCACCUUAUGUACCAAAACAUCCGCCACCUGUUGUGAAACCACCUCAUGGUCCUAAACCACCGGUUGCGCCUUUGCGCCAGUAA